CUCGCGGUAUUUCGUGCGCAGCUCUCGCGGCCUGUUGGAGAUCUGGCUGCCCGGGCUCGCCGUGAUGCCUGAGACCGGUGGGAUUAGGACGUUGUUAGUGCGGCAUCUCCCGGACGAGCUGAGCCCGGAGGAGCAGCGAAUCCUGUUAGAGAAGAGCGGGGCCGACAGUGUGCGGUUGUGCUCCGGUAGAACCCGAGGAAGCUUGAAAAAUGCUGCCUUUGCAACAUACCCAAAUGAAUUUGCUGCUACAAAGGCACUGUCUAUUCUUCACCAGCUAAAUGUUUUGGGUCAUACCCUCGUGGCUGAGUAUGCCAAAGAAAAUCAUGUUCAUUUACCAGAACAACCCUCGAUUUCUGAGAAAAAGAAAAGUGCAGAGAAGGCCGCAGAUGAAAAAGAUGUGAAACCUCCAAACCAAGUCUCUAUUGAAAGAGGAAUAGCUCCAAAACAUGGACUUGUCUUUCCCAUAAAAUCCAGUCUAAAGUACCUGUAUCCACCACCAACCAGUACCAUUCUUGCAAACAUUGCAAAUGCUUUAGCCAGUGUUCCAAAAUUCUAUGUACAGGUGCUGCAUUUAAUGAAUAAGAUGAAUCUGCCAGCUCCCUUUGGGCCUCUUACCACACAACCUCCUUUGUAUGCGGACUACUUGGCUAUUCCGACACCGUACCCACCUGUCCCGCCUGACCUUCCUGAGAACCCACCACUGCCAGAGUUGGAUGAUGAUUAUGACAUGGAGGUCUCUAGCCGAGAAGAGUCAGAAUAUGAAAGCUGUGAUGAUGACGAAAAAGAGAGGGUUGCUCGUUUAAAGGAACUGGCGGAUCUACUACCCAAGAGACGAAAAGUAGCUAAGCAACCUCGUCCUCGGAAAAAAAUGAAAAUAAAAGAUCUCAUAGUAACACCUACUGUACCACACAAUAACGCGCACACACCAUUGCUGCCUUCUGAUGUAUUUGAUAAACCUUCUGUUUCGGGUCCCAAAAAGUUGGAAUUCCAUAUUCCCUCAGAUAUACCAGUGGCCAAAGAUGAGUCAGAAAAUGCAGAUAAAGAGAUUGAGGAUGUGCAAGGGUUUGGAAAAAUUUACCCAGCCCCAGCUCCCAAAGAUGAGAGUGAGGAGGAAGAUGAUGAUGAUGAUAUGCCAAAGGACUUUAUUUCCAGGAGAGAGUUAGAGAAGAGAAGAGUGUCCAAAGAAGAAAUGAGAAAACUGUCUGUGUUCAAGAACUAUGACCCAGGAGAACCAAACUGUAGAUUGUAUGUGAAAAAUCUAGCAAAACAAGUUGAUGAAAAGGAGCUUAAGUUUAUCUUUGGAAGAUUCAUCGACUUUUCAAAUGAAACCGAUAAGAAUAUGUUUGACAUUCGCUUGAUGAAGGAAGGUCGAAUGAAGGGACAAGCUUUUAUAGGAUUCCCCAGUGAAAAAAUUGCUGCCCAGGCAUUAAAACACGUCAAUGGUUACACCAUUCAAGACAGACCGAUGGUGGUUCAAUUUGCUCGAUCUGCCCGACCCAAGACAAAUACUACUGAAACGCAAAAGAAGCGAUAGAUGAAAAGAUGGCCGUGUAACUGCUGUUGUAUGAUGAAAAUGUAUCCUUUCUUGUUGUAUCCUUUUGUGUAUAAAUUGAUUGACGUUAAAAUAACUUAUUAAAAUAAAAAUUAAGUAUGGAUUUCAUCAGUGCUUACAAAGUGUUGCACUGAUUCACCAAGCCUUCCUUCCGCAUCUUAUGAGAUGGUACAAUUCUACAUAUUUUUUUUGUGCCUCCUCAUUCCCUUUGGGACCAUUACGCUUGAAUCCACAAAUCUGUCUGCCAAUACUAUGUUUUACACAAAGAUGCAUCAAUAGCAUAUGACAACACCUUUGUAUGUUACAGCUCCCUGGUUUCCCACAACGUAUACUUCCCUGACACAUAUUUUAAUAUCAUACUUAAGUUUUGUAGAAGGAAAGGAAACUUGUGUAUAAUUCAUGUGAAACAUAUUUUUUUUUUAUUUUAAUUUUUUUAUUGCUUUUUAAACCAUCCCAAAAAAGAGCUAGUUAAAAAAAAUAUAUACUUAAAUAUUACUAUAGGUUUUCUAGAUAAUAUUAUAUGCCUGCGAAAAGCAGACCAUGAUAUAUUGUUGCUUGUUCUAGAUAUGCAUGCUGCUGAAUUUUCACAUUUGUCAACUUUUUUAAACUGCUGUCAUUUUUUUUUCUUUCUUUCUUUUUUCUUUUUUAAGUUUUGCAAAGUGACUAUUUGAAAUGUUAAACAAAGAAAAAUAGGAACUACUUUUCUUUGUGUGUAACCUGCAGGGGUUGACAAAGGGUGGAGAUUUAGUCCACAUCAAGCUCUUACCUCUUUCCAGCAUUGUCACCUUUUCUCUGUGUUGACUCAGAGUGAGUCAACACAGCGCAAUGCAAAGUCUGACAUGCAUGACCUAGGAAGGGGAGAAAUUGAGAUUUCCAGAGAGCCACAUACGAGAGACAUAAAAAUGGCUUUAUGAAAAAAGACCCAGUGGGACUUGAAAAAAGGUAAGUAACACUGAACCCUGGGUCACUCAAAAUCGUUUAGGGAGACACAAAGAAAGGUUUGGGGAGGGACAAGAAGAAGUGAAAGUGAUAGAACAACUUUCAGUUGUGCCAUUCGUCAACUUUUUCUUGGACAGGUUAUUUUCCAUCUAAGUGACACUCCUUUGUUAGUUUUUAAAAACAUUUUUUUUAUUAAGAUAGAUUCUUUAUGGAAAAGCUCGUAACUGAUUUGGAAUCUUAUGGAACCAAUGCAAUCAAAAGAUGUUCAUGAGAAAAAAUAGACAAUUUUUUUCCUCUUGUGUAAUAUUUGUUUUUGACUAUUCACUGCUUUUUUUCUGGAACCUGUGUAAUUUUCAAUAGAUGUCUAUGGCAACUCCUUGAAUAAGAGUAAUGUUAUCUCCAUAAGAUCUCAUGGUUUCAUAGGAUCUUCCAUAGAACCUGUCCUCUACUCUAGUGCAUGUGCAGUAAUGAUAGGUUCCUGGCAGAUGAGGCUACCAGAAACGUAAACCAGAAGAUUGACAGUGCAGCUCUAAUCUUAAAGGGACAUUAUAGUCAUCAUAACCACUUCAGGUUAAUGUAGUGGUUCUGAUGUCGAUAGCAUGUCCCUGCAGCCUUAGCACUGUGAAGACUUCCGUUGCUGGCUAGUUAUAUGUUUAGUGGCAGUCACUUAGCCACGAAUACAGAGCCAGCCACAGUGAGGUGAGACUGGUGUGGCAUGGGGAAAAGUCAGUAAAACCAUGUUUUCACUGCAGAGACUGUGGGUGGGUGGGGGGGGGGGGCAACCACACUGGUCCUAAUUUGUCUUCUUACUGAUAAAGUAAUGAUUAUAGGCUUGCUAUCAGUGAAACUAUUUCUGGCUUGUCUCUGAGCAGUGCAAGGGGGGGCAGGUACUGGAGAAGGUUUUUGUCCAGCAGAAGAGAAGCAUGAACUCAUUAUGUUAGAUAAAAUAUUUAGUUUUCUGUAUGAAUUGCAAUGAACGAUCCUCGUUAAACACAGCUAACAUGUAUCUGCUAUUCCAUAGAACAUUGUAACAACUAUUAACAUGGCACCUUAGUAAACUUUAAAGAAGCCCCACUCUGAAUGUAAUGUUAAAUAAGUUUUUUUGUGUUACAAAAAUCUGACCACAACCAUAAAGCGUAUACUUGUUACAGCUUUUUUUUUUUUUAUCUAUUUAUCUUCAGUAUCUUUUCCUAUUCAUCACUUAUUGUUUUCUCCCUCAGUUCCCAUGUGAAGGUUUAAAAAUAUAAACUGUCAAUGCAUGCAUUCAUAUACUUUUCUAUUUAUUUUUUUUAUGCCAAAAAAUAUAUUUAUUCAGACUUUAAAUCCAGCUUAAUUAUGGUUGCAUAGAAAAAGAAAAACCCCAAAUAGAAAACAGAUAAAAAAAAAUGCAAUAGACGAGUGCUUGUUGAUAUUUGGCAAACUACUGUAGAUAAUGUUUCCUACAAAGCUCAACAAACAUUUCAUCUAAACGUCAUGCCAAAGCUUAGCCUUUGCUGCCGUGGAGCCCUUCUGUCAUGCUUUAAUGAGCAAUACGUGCUGCAAGCUAAAAUAACACCUAGGUUGUAUGGCAGUAGUUUAAUUUUAUGUUUAAAAUAAAAACAAAAUGAGAUUACCAAAUAGCAGGCAGUACAUCACUGAUAUUGUGCAUGUAACCAAUGUUUAGCUUUUUUUACAGCUUUUUGUUAUACAGAAUUUGCAGGCAGACAAAAUACAUAAAACAAUGGAAUGUGCCCAUUCGAGUUAAUAUAUUAAAUAAAAAAACAUUAAUGUUUAAAGCAUAGUUAUUCCCUGCUAAUCGAUAGUGUAAUUUAAAGUUACUAGCAUGCAUUCAUUUUAUAGCUAAUCUAAUUAUUUUUCAGAUGGUUGGACCGCAUGAGGUGACAGAUUUAAUUUUUGUGUAAUAUUUCAGGGCAAAAGGGUCUUCGAUGUUGGAGGACAAGACAAAGGAGCUGCACACAACUAAUACAGAAUAUUACCUGUAUAUUUUAAAUAUAGGUUUGUACAUUUUGUUUUUGAUGGUUGUUUUCAUGAAGCAUGUAAAUAAAAUUUAUUUUCUAAA